GCGCCGGCUUGCGCGCUCGCCUGCCCUUUGGCCUGGCGCCGUACCACCACCUCCUUUAACCUUUUCAUCAAUAAAAAAUGUUCCCAAUUGUAUCCGUUAAUUGUGUGUGUACGAAUACCAUGUCAAUUCAUUAGUACUCACUGAGAACGGCCGCGUUAGCGCCCUCGUAGUGUCUUCCUUUGUUGAGUGUGAUUGACUUUAGUUGUGUUUUGAUGAGGUUGUAAAAAUGAUAAUGAACGUCGCCGUGUAAAUAUUAAGGUCUAUUAAUAAAGCAAUAUUAUUAAAAAACCCCGUAGUAGGUACUAGCGAACGAACGUGCUAAAAUAGUUAUAUAGUUCUUCCAUUGAUAGAACUAGUGAUUAUCUGUGCUAUUGUAUAGUCUGUGCUUGAAAAUGUUGGUGAACAAAAUUCGGAUCAGUUUGUACGGUCAGCAAAGGAAGUGAAGAAUGAUGCGAAGAUGCCGCAACGCGCGCCGACCACGUCUAGUUUGAUGCGCCCGUUUGUGGUACUGGCUCUUCCCGGGAUGUAUUUGCUGUAUAAGUACAACCAGUACCGUCAGCAGCAAAUGGAGACCGCGAGGCGUCGAGUCACUGAGCGCGAGCUUAUGCAUCUUAACACCAAAAUCGAUAAGUUGCUCAACAAGCUUGAAGAAAACGAGCCUGAGCUAGCCACUUCCCCCGAAGAAGAAUGUGUAAUAUGUGUGAACGCAAAAGCGACGAUGCAGACCUCCCCCUGCGGCCACCGGGUGGUGUGUCGAAGGUGCUUCGUCAAGACCAUCCAGAUGGCAGUCAGCCAACGCUUACUGCCCUUGCGCUGCGUCAUCUGCCGGGCCAAGAUACUGCGACUGCGGCAGGCACCGCGCCUGGUGACUAGCAAGAGUUGGCAGAUAUCAAGUGGCAGCAGCAAAGCAUGGGGUGUGCCUGGUUCCAUAUCCUCGUACUCGGUGGGAGCACGAUCCGUUCCCGCCUCCGCUUCGCUUUACUCAGUCACGAGCGGCGAAUCUUCCCUUUCUGGCGUGUCUUCCGUAUCAUCGAACAGCGGCAACGUGAGCGGCUCGUGCUCCACCAAGCUGUGCGGCGGCUCGAAGUGCGGCGGCGCGUGCCUCGGCGCGGUGCCGCGGGUGCCGGCCACCUCCGCGCCGCCCAAAGCGCGCCAACCCGCCUCGAAUUCGUUACGACGGUCGCAGCAUCAUAGCAUGAAGGCUAGACUACAAGACUAUCAAGUCCACAGUUACACUGGAGGCCCAGCAGCAGCGGAAACGUCUGGAAGGCUUCCUCCGAUAAGGGAGUUUCAAAGGGAAUUCCGCGAAGGGCGCAGGGAGAGCGCUAACUCCGCAUCUGCCUCUACUAGAAUAAGGUGUGCUCAGAAAAUAGUUACACAACUAGAAACAUCUCCUCAACAAGAAAAACAGCACUUCUUCCGACCCUUAAAACCGUCAAAUAAAGAAGACCCGCCCAAAUCAAGAGAUCAAAGCAAAGAGACUGAAAGGAAAAAAGAUAACCCCAAAGCAAAGCCCAAAAAAGAGGAUAAGAAAAAGAAGGAACCGGAUGAAAAUGCCAAAAACGAUAAAGUUAAGAAAGAUGAAACGCAUGACAACAAGAAGAACGAACUUGCUGAAAAAAAGAAAGAAGAAAAACUAAGAUUAAAAGCGGAGAAAGAAGCUAAGAAAGAGGCGAAACUUCAAGCGAAGGAGGAAGAGAGACAAGCAAAAUUAUUAGCUAAAGAAGAGGAAAGACAAGCCAAGCUUCUGGCGAAAGAAGAAAAGAAGAAAGCUAAAAAAGAAGCUAAACUCGCAGCACAGGCUGAAAAAGAAAAAAGUAAAUAAUAUAUUGUUAAAAUUUUUACAACGUAGAAACUCGUAGCCGUCUUUAAAUAUUAGAAUUAAAAAACGUUACUCAGGGAUGAAAUACAAUUAUUAAUAGUGGAAUAGAUUUCAAACGUUUAAUGAUCUUACGAUAUGUGAAGGUUUAGUUAUGUAUCUUUAGUUACCUCAUUCAGUCUUUAAACGUGACAAUAUAACAGUGAAAGUAUUUUGUUUAAAGAAUGCAAUAAUCGUCUUUUUUAAUGUAAGUAGAUCUAAAAGUUAAUUUCAUAAAGAGCAAUUUUAAAAUAGUCGGAAAACUGCGAAGACUGAAAGAAUUCGUUGAUAACGUCAUAUCGUUUUGUAAUUUACGUGUAUUUAUUAACGAUUAAGGGCUUUUAUCAUUCCAAAAAUUCAAGGCCUGGUUUAUGAUUUCUAUAAACUUAAAAUCAACAUAUACCUAAAUUUCAUAUUCAAAAAUACCCACAUUAUUUUUAUCAUUAUAAUAUCCUACUCAAUAUUAAUUUAUAUUGUUCAAAUACAUUUAAAUUAUUAAAUACCUAACCCAGAAACAAAAUUGUAAACCAGGCUAUACUAUUAAUUAUUAUGUCGAUAUUGUUUUUAGUCCACUGCCACAUUUUGAUAGUUAAGGAUGUUCGUUAAAAAACGCAGUAUCUACGCCUACUUUGAUUUAAUCAAAGAACUACGCACAUUACAUAAUAUUAUACGUAUAUUAAUAUCGAAAAUAAAACCUUUUUGGGUCAGUAUUCAGUAAAGGUUUAUCAUUAACAUAUGUACUUACAUCAAAAUGAAAAUGUUGGCAACAGAGACUCACUCUAAAUACCCUGUAUAGGUAGUCUUAUUCAUAUUCGCGAUGUUAUUGCAUAUUAUUUACUAGGUACCUAUAUCUAUUUUUUACUAAAAACAUCCUAACUAUUUACUUUCGUACUUCUUUUUUGUUCAAUUAAUUAAUUACAAAAAUAUCCUUAACUGUUAAAACUUUAAAUACCUACCAGAGGUUUAGAAGUCUAGCUAGCUGCAGUCAAGUAUUAGAUUAAUUUUAAAUAAACCUAUAGCUUAUAAUAAACAACAGCUAAGUAUAUUGGCUGAUAUUAAAAUAAUAAAUACUGAAUCAUAUAAUAGUCAAAUUCUUUAUGGACCAGAUAAACGGUUAAAUUCAUUAGAAAACAAUUUAAUAGACGGACAAAGUCUGUAUUUUGGUUCAAUAUAUAUUUAUUUUUGUUUCUUCAUGAAUAUAAUAUUUACAAGAAAUGCCUUAUUUUAUACAUUUCUAGUCUUCACGCUUUACAUACAUUUUUUUUAUUCAACCAAUGGAUAGCAAUGUAACAGUGGUAUAGAUCAUAUCAGAUCAUGUUAAGCGUAAUUAUUAAUAUACCUAGAUAAGCGUUGACAUUUUAUUUUGUAAGAUUUCCAUAAAUGACAAACUCUAUGGUCAUUCGUUAGAAAACUCAUGUAAAAUAA